GUUCAAUAUCAAUCACUCGACUUCGUCUGCUUCUGUGCUUCUUCCCAGGUCUUGGUCGCCAGCCACCAGUCUCUUUUCUCUUCGGACUGUUUCUCUACAGACUCAUCAUGCGAAUCCGCUAUCCUUUCGCGGGCGCUUUUGGCUUCCUCCUCAUACUCGCCGCCUACAUCGGACUACUCCCCCACAGCGAUUCCUCCAGUAUACCGACCCAACUGCAACCCAAUGACAAAAUCCUCCAUGUCGUGACCUUCUUCCUCCUCUCGCUGGUCUUCUACUGGAUUCCCGACACCACCCGGCGCCGCACCCUGCACCUGACCCUCCUGGUCUGCACCCUCAUCCUCGGCAUCGGCUCCGAGAUCGUCCAAGGCCUCCUCCCCAACGGCCGCACCUUCGACCCGUUCGACCUCCUCGCCAACAUCGUCGGCAGCCUGGGCGCCGUGGGCUUGUGCAGCUGGUACCAUCGCCGCAUGCUCGACCGACGCCGCAAGGCCCGCUUCGGCUCGCUGGGCGGCGACGGCGCGGACGACGUGGAACUGGGGCUCACGGGCGGCCACCAUGGCGAGGGCGAGCACGGCCUGGGCCCGCAGGAGACGGGCGUCUUGAACCUGGAGCAAGAGGUGGACAAUUGGGACGAGAAUGCCGUGGACAAUUGGGAUACGGAGGAUGGGCCGGAAGAGCUGGUCGGCAGCACGACGACGACUGCCGCGGAGGACACGAAGCGGUCGUCGCCGCCGGGAGAGGGGGAUGGGAAGAAACGGAGCGAUUGAUUGAGUGAUUGAUUGAUUGCUGAAAGAUAUAUAAGUGCGAUGAUUAUCUCUACCAAUCGAUCGCUUUUCAUCAUCAUCAUCUCUCUACCGUUCUAAAACCUAACGCCUGUCCUCCUCCGCCCUCCGUUCUCUCCCCUCCAAACCUGCUACUCAUGCGAUGCGAUAUGUCUUACGGACCAGCCAGAACGAAACCACCUGAAUCUCAUAUCCCGCGCGUAUAACCAUCAUUACCUCUAUACUUUGAUUUCUGCAUGCCUUGUCCGGCUACUCCUCCCC